UUUAAGAUCUUUGUUUCUGUUGUAGAGGCCGUUUUAACAGCUGAGACCCUAAACACAUCAAGUAUGUCAUGCAUGGCUGUAUGAUAGAACUUGGGGGAAAGAUCAAGAUAUUACUCGCAUUCAUCAUUCUACGUGCUAUGGUUGUAGCAGUGUGUGAAUGAGUACUUUACGCAUGAAACUUCCUAGCUGGUGCACAGCUAAGGCAGCCAACGCGUAGUGAAAGUUUUGCAUCAUUCUAUGAAGUUGCUUCGAAAUGCUCAUAUUAAUUACCUUGCUUAUAUCAUGAUUUUGAUGUUUCAUAAUCAUGGACUCGUGGUUAGGAGGCUAGCGCAUCGUAGAACACGAAAUGUGGAAGACACUUUUGUUUUUCUCACAAGUUCAUCAUCCUCCUCCUUGGGCCGACUUUGAAUUGGAAUCCUAAGCUGGAGUUUUGUGGCAAUAGCUUGGAAAUGAAGGGGAGGAUGAUGUAGGUGGUAUCAUAAUGUAAAUGGUAGUAGUAACACGCUACUAAAAGGGUCCUCGGGAGUUGCACUUUGAAUAUUAAAUUUGCAGGCAAAAGGCUGACGUUUUGGUUGGAUAAGACAGUGAGACAUGACAUGUUUGACUCCAACCCCAUUUAAGACGUUGAACAAACCAAACCAAAAUUUAUUAGAAUUUUUGCUACAGUGUUAAGCUAAAUUUGGAAAAUCGGCACAAAUAAAGGGGUUUAUUAUAAAUUUUGCUCACUCUCUUCUUAACCUUACUAGCCAAAAGUCUAAUUAGCUAUGCCAUGGGGAGUUCGGCACGACAGAUCUUGACUUGCUGUCGUAUUACAAUAUGGUAAAAUUCAACGCUUUUAAUAUUGAGAAAUGUCUCAUUUAUAAUCAGUGUAGAGAUUUAAAUUAUAGACCGAAAAAGAAAUAUAUAUUUACACCGAAUAGAUUUCGAACUACUACGGUAUUGUUAAGUUGUACAGCUGUAUCCGAACUUAUUGAAAGAAAACACACAGUAACUGAAACUCUCUAUGGGCUCUUUGCAGUUUUCAGUUGUGUGCGCCUGCUGAGAAUUAACAAGUUGUUAAAUUCGUAUGUCCUUGAUUGCAAUAACGGCUGAAAUAGUAAAAGCAGAGGCUGUAAAUAAGAGAAAAACAAGGGGCGCAAUCUAGAAUAUUAGAAAAGGCAUGGGAGCUCUGAGAAAAUAUCAAUAAUUCCAACUGGCAAAAUUGCAGACGAUGAUAUGAUUAGCGCGGGAGAGUAAUCAAAAUUGUGAGGUCGAGGUUUAAACUCUAAACCUCCCCAUUCUAUUUGGUUUUGGUUUUAAGCAGCGACGAAUGUCAAAACGGCACAGAAAAAGAGAGAGAGAGAGAGAGGCAGCAGCAGCUAGCGUCUUCUUCUUCUUCAAUCUUGCAAAUUCUCUCAACCAUGGCGGAUCUGUACGGAACGCCGCCGGACUCGGAAGAAAUCUCCAACAUUCUCAGCCACCUCCUCCACGGCGGCUCCUCCUCUUCCUGCGGGGCGCCCUUCAAGCCCGCUAGUUACAUGCACCUACUCAACUCCUCCUCCUCAGUGCCGCCGCCUCACGAGCAUCCUCAAUUGUUGGCCCGAUCGGCGGACCGGCCCGACUCCGACCGCCCCUCUGACUUCAACUUCUCCGAUUCCGGCGGCGGGUAUUUCAUGGACUCCGACGCCAACACUUCAAAGAAGGGGGGGAGGAGAGUUUCGUCGGAGAAUGAUCUUGGUGACGUCAGCUGUGACAGUGAGGGUCCUGAAGCGCCGGAGGUUCCAUUAAACGCAGCUCCGCCGCGUAGUUUGUCCAAGAGAAGCAGAGCGGCGGAGGUCCAUAACUUGUCGGAAAAGAGAAGGAGGAGUAAGAUUAAUGAGAAAAUGAAAGCUUUGCAGAACCUGAUUCCAAAUUCUAACAAGACGGAUAAGGCUUCGAUGCUGGAUGAAGCAAUUGAGUAUUUGAAGCAGCUCCAGCUUCAAGUACAGAUGUUAACGAUGAGAAAUGGACUGGGUUUGCAUCCCAUGUGCUUACCAGGAAUGAUGCAGCCUGUGCAGUUGCCUCAUAUGGCAUUGGGCUUUGACGAAGGAAGUAACAAAGUUCCAAAGUCUAGCAGAGGAAUGAGCCCAUUUUUUGGUAGUGAAGAAAACUCAAUGCAAUCAGCUUAUAAUAUUUCCAGUGGAUGCACAAUCUUGAAUCAGCCAAUGGUCGUACCCUCAGCUGCAAAUGUCCCUACUUUGGAAGCCUCAUUUGUCUUUGAACCAUCGACUCAAGCUUACUACAGACCCUUCUUUGCUGCCACAUCUUCUAAGGAACUAUUAUUCUGUGAAGGUGAGCCGUCCUCAAAAUCAGAUUCCAAUCGGACUGGGAUAAACUCUUCAUCAGAUGCUGAUAAGGUGUCCUCAAAGAGACCUGAUGUAUGAUAUUCAAGCUCAUUUACAUGAAGUUCAAUUGAACAACCAAGAAACCGCCAGGAACCUCCAAACUGCUGAUAUUUUUCAUUAUUUUGCAAGUGUAACAGGCCAGUUAACAAGAUUGUGUUUUUUUUUUUAGUUGAUACAUCUUAAUUAACUUGUAUAAAAACGCUCACCAGUCUUGGAUGAAUGGUGGCAAUUUCUGCUAAUUUCAUAGAUCUGUCUGCUCACUGUUUUAAAGAGCAUUGGAUACCUAAAA